GUUAAAAGCGGAUAGCAACAAAGGAAUACAGCAUUUCAGACCAAUAAUCGGGAAGAAAAAUCCAUUAUUUUCAGAGAAGCAAGCUUUCUUAAAAACUUCUAAACAGGCAAUAUGAGUCUCCUCUCCCAGGAAGGUUUAAAAGAGAUUCUCCAACAGUUUGAAUGCCAUUUUACAUGGAUGUUGCAGAAAGAGCAUAUUCAUCCUGAUGAAUUGGAGGAAAGAAUUGCUGAGCAGAUCCAGUUCUUAAUCAAUAAAUCCAAAGUUCGAAAUUAUAACCUUCUUGCCUAUGUGAAAUUCCUGAACAACAAGAAGGAAGAAGCACUGGAAAACUUACAGAAAGCUGAAGAGACUGCCCAUCCUGGGGAUGUUGAAAAGAAAAGCCUGGUUACAUGGGGCAACUAUGCCUGGGUGCACUACCACAUGGGCAAUCUUACUGAAUCCCAAACCUAUGUGAAGAAGGUAGAAAGCGUCUGCAAGCAACUUGGAAGUGCAUCUUCUUAUAAGAUGGAGCUCCCACAGAUCUACUGUGAUAAGGGUUGGUCGCUUCUAAAAUUUGGAAGCAGGUAUUACGAAAAGGCCAAGGAGAGCUUUGAAAAAGCACUGGAAAAAGAACCAGAAAACCCAGAAUUUAACUCAGGCUAUGCAAUUACGGUAUACCGCCUAGAAGAUCAUUUUGCCGAAAAGCCAUCAAAGUUAUCACUGGAACCUUUGAGGCUUGCAGUAAAACUGAAUCCUGAUGAUGUAUUUGUUGUUCCUCUACUUGCAAUUAAGCUUCAAGAAAUAAAAAAAAUGGAAGAAGGAGAAAACUACAUUAAAGAAGCCCUUCAAAAACAUCCUGACAUUCCUUAUAUAUUAAGGUAUGCUGCCAAAUUUUAUAGGAAGAAAGGAGAUGUAGAGAUGUCACUACAAUAUUUGGAGGAAGCAUUAAGCUUGACCCCAAACGCUGGGUUUUUGUACCAUCAGAUUGGCCUUUGCUAUAGAAAACAGUAUUUAGUGAUGAAAAAUGAAAGUCAAUAUGGCAAGUGCCAAGUCAAGGAUAAAAUGGAGGAAUUGCUCAGAUGUUGCAUUUAUUAUUUCCAAAAAGUGGUGGAGCGUAAACCUAAGUUUUUCUAUCCUACUAUUGACCUUGCGAAGAUGUAUGUAAAACAAGGACAGCUACAUAAAGCAGAUGAAAUAUACCAGAAACUCUUUACCACCAGCAAUCAUCUAACUUCCUUAGAGAAGAAACAGCUCAAUUUUAAUUUGGGGUGUUUUCAACAGUUUGACAGAGGCUCACCAUCAGAAGCUAUCAAACACUACCUUGCAACGCUGAAGAUUGAAAAUGAGUCUUUUGAGAGAGAUAAAUGCAAACGUAUAUUGAAGAGAUUAGUGGAAAAUAAAAUCAGGAAAGGUAAAACCGCUGCUGAGAAUUUCGCCAUCCUUGGAUUUAUUCAUCAGCUCGAUGGAAAAAAGCAACAAGCAUUGGAAGCCUAUGAAGAAGCCUUGAACAUUGAUCCUGAAAAUGAAGAAUAUUUCAGUGCAAUUUUGAAGUUGAAGCUUUCUUUGUAA